AUGGUGCUCAUUAAUAGUGUUCACUUAUAUCGACCAUUCUGGCUCUGCAUGCGAGUGCUAGCUCCAAGCUUCUUCAAGAAAUCCACACCUUUGGUCAGGGCAUAUGAGGUGGUCCUGCAUGUCCUGGUCACCAUGUGGUUCCCACUGCAUCUUUUCCUGCAUCUCCUGCUGCAUCCCUCUCCGGCGGAUGUAUUCAAGAACCUAACCAUAUCGCUGACUUGCGGCUCCUGCAGCCUGAAGCAUUUGGCUCAGUUGUAUCGCCUGCCGGAAAUCGUGGAAAUUGAAUCCCUGAUCAAGCAGUUGGAUGAGUGUAUCGAAGGAGAUCUGGAGUAUCGCUACUACCAGAAUCAUGCUAGGCCUGGCCAGCGCUUUACCCGCUGUUUGUACAUCAGUUUUGGUAUUGUCUACGCUGCAUUUUUAGUCGUUGCUUUCGCUUUGAUUUUUGAUGGAAAUGGAGAACUAAUAUAUCCAGCAUACUUUCCCUUCGAUUGGGAACGAAACCCAUAUCUCUAUGGUGUGGCCUAUGUCCAAUUUAUCAGCAUCAUGGUGGAAGGCAUCCAAGGCCUGACCAAUGACACAUACUCACCAUUGACACUAUGUCUCCUUGGAGGACAUAUUCACCUGUGGGCCCUACGAAUGGCAAGACUUGGGUUUAAAGAGGAGGGAAUAGAGGAGCAGUCUCCAACUGAUCAGCAUCAACAGCUGCUAAAGUACAUUGAACAACACAAGCUGCUGAUGAGACUUCACUACCUGACCAGCCAAACCAUCAGUGCUGUGCAGCUGGUCCAGCUGGGAGGCUGUGGCGCCACUCUGUGCAUCGUUGUCUCCUAUGUGCUGUUCUUUGUGGGUGACUUCAUCUCACUGGUUUACUACCUGAUCUUCUUUGGAGUGGUCUGUGUGCAGCUCUUUCCCAGCUGCUACUUUGCCAGCGUUGUGGCCGAGGAAGUGCAGCGUCUGCCGUAUGCAAUCUUCAGUCGCUGGUACAAUCGAUCCAAGAGUUAUCGUGGCGACCUGCUCAUCUUUACCCAACUUACCUUGGGUGCCACCAACCGGGUGAUGCGUGGGGGCCUUAUAGAGCUCAAUUUAAAUGCCUUUUUUGCCACCCUUAAGAUGGCCUACUCCCUGUUCGCCGUCGUGGUUCGGAUGAAGGGCAGAUGA